UAUAUAUAUUUAAAAUUACACACAAUAUACAUUCACCAUACACAAAGUCGUAUUUUUGAACAGGAGAGUUAUUGUCAGCUUUGGGGUCCUAAAUUUCAAAACAAUCGAAAUGGCGGCGUCUGUAAGAUGGAGUCUAUUGCGCUUCAUACGGUCACAUCAUUACAGAUUUCCUGUAAAUGACCGAAAUCAGUGCUAUUCAAUGUGGGCUUCACACAGAAUACAAUCUCAACAGUAUGAAUUCAAAGCAUUCUCAGUACGAAUGAUUUCAAUUUUAACUCAAGACACACCAAACCCCAGAAGUCUAAAGUUUCUUCCCGGUAAGCCAGUGUUGGGGACGGGGACACGAGAUUUCCCAACAUCAAACUCAGCAGAGAGUUCCCCUUUAGCCAGGGAUCUUUUCCAAAUCGAAGGGAUAAAAAGUGUCUUUUAUGGCCCAGAUUUUAUCACACUGACUAAGACAGACGAUGAUGUUGAAUGGACAGACAUUAAACGACAUGCGAUUGAGGUCAUCACUAAGUUCUUUGAGAGUGGAGAGGCCAUCACAAUGGGAGCAACACAUGCUGAGAGCAGUGUUACAGAGGAUGAUGAUGACAUUGUCUCAAUGAUCAAAGAGCUGUUAGACACAAGGAUCAGACCUACGGUUCAGGAGGACGGUGGGGAUGUCAUAUUCAAAGGCUUUGAGGAUGGCACUGUGAAACUGAAGCUGGUUGGCUCCUGUACUGGCUGUCCCAGCUCCACGGUUACCCUAAAAAAUGGCAUCCAGAACAUGCUGCAGUUUUAUAUACCUGAGGUAGACAAUGUAGAACAGGUGGAGGAUGAAGUGGAUGAGAUCAACACAAAGGUGUUUACAGAGCUGGAGAAGAAACUGCAAGAUUCAUAGCAUGAGACCCGGCGGUGCUGUCAACAUAUUUCAAUUGUUGUCAUUGUGUUAUAAUAGUGGGAUUCAGACACUCCAUAAGGAUGCUGCAUAUUUAAGCUUCAGAAAACAUAGAAUAUACUGUAAUAUUUAACCAAGCCUAAAGUUGUUCUGUUUCUACUAUAGUAGUGCAAUAUUGCAAUUGCAAAUACAAGAAACUUGUAUGCACUUUCCAGAUUGCCGUUAUGUGUUCUGACUGUUGCUCUUUUAGAUCUGCACUUAGCUCUGAGCUGCAAGCUUCAUGAUUUUUAACCGGUUUGUUCCUUGUCUGAGAGAUAAGGUUAAAUUGAAGACGGUUAUGCUUUUAAUUUCAGUGUUUAUUGCAUGUUGCAAUUUCACCUAGAUAUCUGGAGAGUUCAUUAAAUAAUUGGGAGUUCUUUUGAAAUGAAUUCAGUGCUGUGAUCCUGAUACAUUGUUAAACCUGAAUUGACCACUUGUAAUAAUUGCAGAUCUUCCACAGCUUUCAGAAUGAGAUCAGUCGUGAAAGUUUGUAUUCAUCUACAGCUGCCAUCCAGCAGUUCGGGAGGACCUAUAACGAAUUAAAGUUAUGUAUAAAUUAA